GUUUCCGGAAGUGUGGGAGAGACAAGAGCAGAAAUCGAACAGAACAGGCUGUACAGCGACGAAACUACUGAAAUGUAGGAAACCUGGACCAAAAACGCAUUUUUGUUUCUUUUUUUUUUGGCCAAUUUUAAGGGCUUUUUGUGCAGUUCCAGGAAAUUUGUGAGUUUCUUCUGACAGGUUAGGUGCAGCCUCUUAAACAACGCUAGCUAGCAUCAACACAAGUGUUGAAUCAGGGGACUCAUUGAGCAGGUUAUCAGCAGAUAUCUCCUCAAAUGAUACCACCGCUGCUUUUGUUCAUGCUAAUGCGCUCAUAGUUGAUUUUUCCGGCUGUUGCUGUACCAUUAGCCCCCUGACCGGUCGUGUGUGUAGCUGUGCUUGUGAUGGCGUGGCAGUAGCUCCGUCUUUGUCUGAGUGAGGACUGACAGUGAUGCUCGGAGAACACGGACGUUCCUCUCCAGUCACCAAGAGGAGCCAGAGGAGGGUAAGCCCCGUUUAACAGCCGCCUCGAAGGCUGACAUCUCCUCCUGUCCGGGCGUCGAGCAGCAGCUGAACAUGGAAGAUGAGGUGUUUGAGCAGAUCGUGUCCGUGUUUAACGCACUGGUGUCGUGGGUCGCCGCCGGUGCCAUGGUGUUCGGAGGGGUGGUGCCCUACAUCCCCCAGUACAGAGACAUCCGAAGGACUCAGAACGCAGAGGGCUUCUCCACCUACGUGUGCCUGGUCCUCCUGGUGGCCAACAUCCUGCGGAUACUCUUCAGAUUUGGCCGCUACUUCGAGACGCUGCUGCUGUGGCAGAGCAUCAUCAUGAUCGGCACAAUGCUCAUCAUGCUGAACCUGUGCACCGACGUCCGCAUGGCUACUGAACUCAACACCAAGAGACGCUCCUUCAUAGCAACAGACAGUAAGGACGAGGAGAUCAGACUCCCUAAGAGGCUCUUUCUGGACUUUGACUGGAACUACUUCUGGUCAUGGAGUCGCUUCAUGGACUAUGUGCAGUGUGUGCUCUCCUUCACGCUGGUGGCGGCCUACAUCACCUACCUCCUCCUGGACUCUUCGCUGUUCGUGGAGACCCUGGGCUUCCUGGCCGUCUUCACAGAAGCAAUGCUGGGGACACCGCAGCUCUACUGCAAUUUUCAGAACAAGUCCACAGAGGGCAUGAGCAUCAAAAUGGUUCUGAUGUGGACCAGCGGGGACACCUUUAAAACUGGCUACUUCCUGCUCACCCAGGCUCCUGUGCAGUUCUGGACAUGCGGCCUGCUGCAGGUCUUCGUGGACAUUGCCAUCCUUUUUCAGGUUUAUUACUACAGCCGCUACCCACAGAAACCAGUGUCCCACACUGUAUCCCACACCACCAGUGCCAAAGCCCUCUGAGAGCCUCUGCAAGAUCGAGGACAAAACAGCAGUGAGGAAGCACUUAUAGCAGCGGCUGUGGAAAUGUAUAAACAUACACGAUUACCAAAGCACCUUGAGAUGAUGCAGGCGGCUCACCCUCACCUCCCAGUAUACAUGAAGACACAUACACACUCAUAAAUAAGGCAUAAACAUACACAGACACCAAGUGAUGUUGGUGCCUGCUGUAAUACCUGAAGGCCACUUGUCACACAAAAACUCUUUUAUUUAUUGUCCUACUGACUUCGUAAUGCAGUGGAAUGCAUGCGUCUGGGAAUGCGGACUUCUCAAAGAAUAUCCCAUGAAUCGACCUGUGCAUGUGGAGAAUAUUAUGCACAUAUAGUACAUGAAGAUACAGCAAAUAUAAACUGCAGAUGUAUGCUCCGAAAUCUGUGCUCAAGGAAACGUGGACCAGCUUUCGCCGUCCACAUACGCUGAUGAAUGUUGCAUGGACCUUCUGCCUUAAUACACACACAUCCAUACAUGGCUUGCUGCGUUACCAGCAAUAGAAAUGUUAUGAAUCAAUCAAAAACUCCUUGUAUACAACCUUACUGAAUGUACAAAACGGCAUUUGUUGUUUGGUUGUUUUUUCCAACACAGUGGAGAGAUGCUGGUCAGACUACCACUUGUUGGACAGAUGGUGGCCAUGUGCUGAGACACUCGGUCCUGUGGGAUGAAAACUAAAGAAACAGAUGCAGUCUAAGUUCCACAAAGAGAGAAGAGUUCCAAAGGUUUGGAGAUGAAAUGCAUCGACUUAUUAAAAAAACAACUGGACAGAAUCAUUAGUGGCCUUGAGCUUAGCAGAGGGAUGAGAGAAGCGAGCUUUGUAAGACAAUGCCAAGGUUUUUGUACUAGUCUUGCUGAUGACAUUUUGUGUAUAAAUUUCAUCAUUCUCAUGCCACAAAUUUCAAAUAUCAUAAAUAUAUGCUCCGGUUAGCACAAAGUGAAGCGAGGACAAUUCUCCAUGUGUUGAUUUCAGAAAACUCUUGCCUGUACUGAGGGUUUGCUAUAUGAAGCCACUCCAUAAAUGUACAGGAGUGUUCCCACUGAGAUGUGAUACUGAGCUGUUCCACAAACCCAACACAGAAACGUGCUUGUGUAGGUUGCUAGCUACUGACAGCUGUUGUCUGUACAGUCUUAGCAUUUCUGCAUGGGGCUAGCAGUCAGAUAGAUGCUAAAAACCCCAGGAGAAAAUUAGCUCCGCAUUCACUCUGAACACAUCUUCAAGUGUAAGAUGGCACUUUUGGCAUAGUAUUAUCACGAUUUAGUGAAGCCUCUGGUCUGUUGUUGCUGCAUUGAUGCAAUACUGACAGACCGCGAAGAACGCCUGUUAUUCUGAGCUCCGAGGGUUCAUGCAUUGUUCUUCAAAGAUUAUUUUUAGGGGCAUUUUUGUGCCUUUACUAACGAGAGAUGGAAAAGGAAAAGGUAAAAGGUGGAAAAGAGAGUAGGGGAAUGGAACCAGAGACCUGCUGCUCAGAGCACCAGUGCUGAUGCAGUUCACACCCCUGUACGACUGUACCCUCAGUUCAUGCAUUGUUCUAAGUCUGGAAUAGUCGACAGUAUUUGCUACUUUGGUUGUGUGCGUUUGUCAUUUUGCUAACAAGUAAACCAGAUAUCCUACUUGGUCAAUAAUUUAACAUAUGCAGAAAGUCAUUUUUCUAUACCAUAAAAUGGCUUAGCUGUUGCCUUUUAUGGAGUCUGUGAAGUCCCGCCUCUUUCUCCACCCACUCCUCCCCAUUCGCUGCAGCUUGAGCACACCAGCUCACUUAAAACGUCACAUAAAACUACUCAAUGCUACACAGUUGCAAUUUGUAUUGUUGGAGUAAUUCAAGCAUACAUGUUUGAACUGGAAACCAACUAUGAAGAAGAAUAGUGAUUUUACAAAAGGCCCACCUUACAAGUUGACAGGUUUGUUUUGUGUGAAACCUGUCACUGCUGCCAUUUUAAGGUGGAAAUGUUCAAGUCUUUAUUUCACACGUGAUGUGUCUUAUAGAUAAUAAAAAACACAACAUGUUAGCAGAUAAAAAACUUGAUUUUCACCGGAGGGCAUUUUAAAAUUAGCUGUAGUCAUUGCCUUUGGCAAUUCUUAAACAGAUGACCACAGCUUCCCUGCAACAUCUUUAUUCAGUGGAACUGUCAGGUACAGCUGUCAGUCAUGAUGAUAUCCACGACCGUUUAAAAGUUUGGGGUCACACAGACAAUUUCAUGUUUUUCACUCACACUUUUAUUCAUGUGCUAGCAUAAUUACACAAGGGUUUUCUAAUGAUCAAUUAGCCUUUCAACACCAUUAGCUAACACAAUAGAGCAUUAGAACACAGGAGUGAUGGUUGCUGGAAAUGUUCCUGUGUCUAGACUGUGUUUCUGAUCCAUUUAGUGUUAUCUUCAUUGAAAAAUACUGUUUUUCUUCCAAAAAUAAGGACAUUUCUAAGUGACCCCAAACUUUUAAACGGUAGUACACGUCCUCUGUUUAGCAUCAAGUAACCAAGUAAAAGCAUCUAUGACAAAUUCUGCAAGCAGCCACCAGGGGGCAAUCAAACUAUUUUGGCUUCACUACAGGGGAAGCUGACAUGUCAUCCAUCUUUAUAUUUACAAUCUGAACAAUAAGACCUUAGUGAAACAUAGUUUUUGCAAUUUAAAGAGCUAUUAUUCCUUUCAGCAAUAAUAACAUAUGCACGUUAACUGUGGCAACAUUUCUGUGAGUGCGGUGGUUGGAUUUACUAAUGGAAAUGAUGACCAAAGCCCAAGUUGAAAUGAAGCAGGGUUCUUCCUAAUCGAGAUGAACUUUAGAGAUUGAUACUGAUGAAUAUGGUCAUUAGAAAUCCUCCUUUUACCUCCAUCAUAUUUGCAGUAGAUAGCACUGACUGGCACGUUUAAAAUUCAUUCAAAUCUGAUGGCAUGCAGUAAUACUACGGCUCACGACUCUACGUCACUGCGUGGCGUUCUGAGCAGGCUGUACUCAUCAUGGUUCUGAAACUCCUGUUCUAAAGGACAAACAGAACUGGAACACAGUGAGGAAAUUUUCUUUAUUAUUGUUUUGUAAUUUUCCCUCGGAAGAGGAUCAGUGCCAAACCAGGAGGUGUCCGACUGUCAGCCCUUCACUGAACUGUGUUCUACAGCAGACCUGAUUCUGUCCUCCUCCUCCAAGCCUCAAGGAAGGGAAACUUCCCUUUUGUUCUGCUGGGAGAUAGUUUUCUAUAAAGAUUUUUUCCUCUUCACUAUUAAAAAAGACAUGGUGGGUGAUUCCUUUGUUUCUUAGUAACUGAAAUGCACUCCUUGUGUUUACAUCUAUUCAGCAGCCCUAUUUAUUUUGUGAUCCUUUUUGUAUUAUCUUCCAGUGCCAGUGUAAGAUAUCGUACGCCUGUUCUUUAUCCAGACGGUGGUGAGCGUGACUGUGUUGUGUGGAUAAUGUGUGAUGCCUGACAGGUUUUUGUUGCGCUGAACAAGAUCAAAAAGACCUCAGAGUUCCACAUUCUUGACUGUUUAAUUCCAUGUACCUGAUUAUUUUUCUUAUUUUGUUUUCUAUCCUUUGGUUCAUUUAGUUUCUAUCUGAAGGUGUUUUCCCAUAGAAACUGCCACGUUUGUGAAACCCUUACCUAGUUUAUUAAUGCACCAAAAAUGUUUUUUUUAUGCUGAUUUCUUUUUUCUAUGUGCAUUUAUUGGUUUGUAUUUCUUCUUUUUUUGAACUGGCAGUCCCCCUUUAUCACUCUUGAGGCUGUUUAAACACUCACUGCUGUCAAGAAACUAGCGUGACACUGUCACACAAUAAAGAGGACACACAGAGA